AUGACAGAUGAUGACAGAUCCGGAUGGGAAUAUGGCAGGGAGGUUCUCGAGUCUAUCGGAAUAUUAAUAGAAGGCGAGUCUUCAAGAAAGAAUCAUUCCAAGCAAUCUGAUGUAACGAUUUUUAUGGUACCAGAAACACUCCGAAAUCUCAACCCAGGUGCUUAUACACCCCGGAUUACAUCGAUCGGACCUCUUCACAAAGAAGACAAACGUCUAAAAGCAAUGGAGGAACUCAAAGUGACUUAUAUGUAUCGACUCUUUUGCGAAACAGUAAAAUCCACAAAUAAGGAUAUGGAGCAAACAAAACGUACGUGUGUUAAAGAGGUGUUUCGGAAUAUAGAACACGCAAGAGAUUGCUAUGCGCCAAGUUUCACAAAAAUAAACAAUUUUAAGCUGGCGGAAAUGAUGGUAAUUGAUGGUUGUUUCAUACUUGAACUACUCUACAGGUCUGAGCAUGGAAUUAUGGUGGGUGAUCCAAUUUUUGACAACAUUUUGGUGAAACGCGACGUUAAAUAUGAUUUGCUUUUACUAGAGAAUCAGAUACCAUUUUUCAUUCUUGAAAGACUAUUUCAAGUCACUGUGAAACAUAUCUUGGAGGUUAAUUCAUUAUCUUUUUUACCUGAUCAUUCGUUAACUGAUCUUAUCUUUUGUUUUUUCGACGAUAUGAAUAUUUUAAACAGUGAACUUACCUUAGAGAAUAGGACAGUCAAGCAUUGUCAUAUCCUCGGGUUUCUUCAAAGCUGCUACAGGCCUAGAGCUACAAAACUUGGUCAAGUCCCGACGAAUAUCAUAUAUUCUGCCACCGAAAUUGCUGGAGCUGGUGUCACAUUCAAGCCACAAAGAAAUGACGGCUCUCAGCUUGCAGUGAAAUUUAAACAGUCACCUCUUGUUCCUUGUUUUGGUAAAUUAUUCAUUAGAGAAGCAAGUUUCGAAAUUCCAGUAUUGUGUAUCAAAGAUUCGACUCCAUCCUUCCUGCGGAACCUUAUAGCCUACACGCAGUGUUAUCCAUUAAGUCGUCACUAUGUUACAUCAUUUGCCUUUCUAAUGGACAAGCUAAUUGAUACCAAAGAUGAUGUUUCAUUGCUAGUGAAGGCAAAUGUUCUCAAACACAACUUGGGAGCGCGUGAAGACAUCACAAAUCUCUUCAAUAAUAUUUGCAACGCUGUUGUCCUGCGCGAUUUUUACUACGCUGAUGAAUGGAAAAAGUUAGAUGCCUACUGCAAGCGUUUUUGGCCAAGAAUAUUAAUUUCAUUGAGCCAUCUUUACAAAAGUACUACUUGGAAAACGCUGACAGUUAUUGCUGCUAUGGCAAUCUUCGCACUAACGUUACUGCAGACCAUUAAUGAUGUUCGAAAUCCUUGA